UUGCAACUCCAUAGUACAUAGUAUCAUAGGUUAGUAUUUGAUAUGAUCUUAUUUACUGUUUUGCAUGACGCAUGGUAGCACAUCACUUUAUUCUUUCAUGCAUGCAGAACUACGUGGCAACUUGCUCCACAUGGUACUGGGUUUUGACUGUCCUCCAGGUCUCGAGUGCGACGGGCAGCUUUGCGAUGAUGUUCUCAUCUUCCAUGGCGGCCAUGGAAUACUACCUCCUGAAACGGUUCCCUGUACCGUACGCUCUCUUCUUCACUAGCCUGACAUUUGUUGCCGCGAUUGUUGGCCAGCGGGUCGCAAGGAAACUGGUCAAUUGGCUAGGGCGGGCAUCAUUUAUCAUCUUCAUAUUGUCCUCCAUGAUCUUCGUCAGCGCGAUUUCUCUAGGUGGAGUCGGCAUCUCCAAGACGACUCACAAGAUGGCGCGGCACGAGUACAUGGGAUUCGGCAACAUUUGCAACUAUCAUGCGUAGGAAGGACGCAUACAAGAACAGCGUGAUGAUUGUGCAGUUUCAGUGGAUGGAAUGCUGUGAUGUUUGCUUGCAGAUGCCAAGUUAAACCACAUGGCCAGGAGAUAAGAAUUCCAGCCAGUACCUUCCAACGUACGAGUUGUA